GCCGUCGAUCGCCGGGAAGACGAGCCCGACCUCAGUGUUGUGCCUCCGUAGUCACCGUCGUUCACUUCUCGUUCCGGCCAAACAUGGAACGAGCGCUGCGCGUUGCGCGCCGUGUCGAGCGUCUCACUGCCCGUCGUCCCAAUCUUCGGCCGUCAAGUCUUGGGCUGCCUCGGCCCUGGCGGCGAUACAGCACCCAAAUUGCCUCGUGGCCGACAUAUGGCGUGGCCAGCCAACUCACCCUCGACCGCUCACGCCAGUCAGUCCGCUACAACCACACUGCAGUCGAGACAGGCAGCGAGGCCAUCAACCAGAGCCUUGGAGAGGAGAUACAACAGCACCGCUCUCCGAAGCACAGCUUUCAAAGCCAGGACGGUCUCGUCAAAUGGGACACGAAGAUGCUGACGCUGUUACGUCGCGCAGCCGACGACUCACCGAUCCCACACUUGACCUUGUCUCUUCUCUGGUUGCGCGAUGCAUGCCCCUGCACCCACUGCGUCGACCCGGAUUCAGGACAGAAGAGCUUUUCAACCACCGAUUUGCCCGACUAUCCAGCUGUGGAGCACGCAGAGCUGAUGGAUUCCGGCGAGUUGAAGGUGGUUUGGGCUAAUGACCCCCUGAGCGACGCGGGGUCACAUACCUCCGUCUUCCCCACGGAAAUGGUUCGCAGUUGGCAGGAAAAAGAUACUCAGGUGCCGUAUAAAUCCGCGAGCCAAGGUCCGGAAAGGAUCCUCUGGGACCGGGCAGAGUACGAAGCCCUGUUGGCGGACGGGCGGUGCCGCAUCAGCUACCAGGACUGGCUUCACAACCAUGAAGCUUUCCGGGCUGCUUUCGGCGACCUCAACAAGACAGGGCUGAUCUUCGUUACGGGAGUCCCCCAAGAAAAGGGCCAGGUUCAACGCGUCGCGAGCCGGAUCGGAGCCCAGCAGUACACCAUCUAUGGUUGGACCUGGGACGUCAAGUCAAAGCCGCGGGCCGAGAACGUGGCAUACACGAGCCAGUUCCUCGGGCUGCACCAGGAUCUCAUGUACUGGGACCCCAUCCCCGAACUCCAGCUGCUUCAUUGCCAGUCCAAUGACUGCGAGGGCGGCGAGUCGCUCUUCAGCCACGGCGUCCGCGCCGCAUACGAGCUGAAGAAAGCCUAUCCAGAGCACUAUGAUGUUCUUACGCGCGUCGAAUCCUUCUUCGGUUAUCACAAACGAGGCCAUAACUUCGCCAGGGCGCACCCCACCAUAAUAGCAGACAAAAACAACACGAUCAGCGAGACCAGAUGGUCGCCGCCCUUCCAAGAAUCCUUCCGACUCAGGUCCGAUGAACAGGGCGACGAGGACCUGCGCAGGUGGAAGGCCGCGGCGGCGCAGUUCAAGGCCAUCGCCGAGUCUCCUAGCAACAUAGUCGAGAUGAAGCUUAAGCCGGGCGACUGCGUUAUCUUCAACAACCGGCAGAUCCUCCAUGGAAGGCGCCAGUUCAGCCAGAGUCAGACGGGCAAGGGCAGCAGAUGGCUCGAGGGGACUUACAUAGCCCCGGCCGUGUAUGAAAGAGCAGUGCGCGGGCUCUUGGGAUAGACCUCAGGCUAGGAAGGGUCCGCCGUCGCUUCAAGACCCCAAGGCCAGUCAGUGAAGGGAGCCCAAUGGCGGUAGCGCAACCUCCUGACUCAUAGAAUCAAGGCAAGAGUAGAGCCCGAGCCGUCCAGGUAAAUAAUACAUUGUAGAAUGAGCUCUCCGUUUCGCGUCAUGUAUUCCCCGGGCCAAUGAACAUUCACCAAAACGGGGUUGGGUCACGUUGACCGGGACCAGCGAAUUGCAUUUUGUCACCGCAGCAUGCUGCUAGCACGCAGUGAAGCUCAGAUGCCUGGGAGUAACUCCCGAAAGCUUGCGCCUUCGCGAGGGCCGCGUUUAAUU